AAAAUUUACACAUCUCAAUCUCUACACACAACACAAAACUCUCUACAAAUUUUAGUGCUUUAUUUUGUGAAAAUGAGUUCAACAGGAGCAGGAAAGGGCAAGGGAUUGGCCGGGAGGGGGAGAACUAAGGGGACGAAAGCGGUGUCGAGGUCUCAGAAAGCGGGGCUUCAGUUUCCGGUGGGGAGAAUUGCAAGGUUUUUGAAGAAUGGGAGGUAUGCUCAGAGGGUUGGGUCUGGCUCUCCUGUUUAUUUGUCCGCUGUUCUUGAGUAUCUCGCUGCUGAACUGUUGGAGCUUGCGGGAAAUGCAGCAAGAGACAACAAGAAGACCCGAAUAAUCCCGAGGCACAUCCAAUUGGCAGUGAGGAAUGAUGAGGAGCUCAGCAAGCUACUUGGAUCGGUGACAAUUGCUAAUGGAGGCGUUUUACCCAACAUCAAUGCUGUUUUGUUGCCCAAGAAGGUUGCCAAAGGGAAGGGUGAAAUUGGGUCUGUUUCACAGGAGUUCUAGACUUGUUAUCGAGAUAAAUCAGAUUAGAAUUGACUAGAUGUGAAGUGAUAGAUUUUGGGGAUGGUGUUGUUAUGGUUAGUUAAUGAUUGGAUUGUUGAUAAGGGAAGAAUGUAAUGCCUAUUUCUUAAAGAUGAAUUAAAUUUGGCUUUAAUA